AUGGCACCACCACCGCCCCCUCUGCCGACCGACUUCAGCAAGCGAACCACUUUCAAAGAUGAGUUGGCCAGACUUCGUCAACUCCCGAAAGAUAAGCAGGCGGAGGUGAUCGCUGGUAUCGAGAGAGAUUCUGCGGAGUUCCUCGGGUCUCGUCCUCAUCCGUCGGUAACACAGCAAGGAGGACAUCUCGACUUCAAGAUAUACGAGGACGAUGAAACUGCCGCGGAACAUGCGGGAUCGCUGGAGGCAACGAAGAUGGAAGCAGAGCACGAAGGUCGCCGAAACCUGCGCAAGAUGGGCUUCAAAGUCGUGGUCAACAAGACGGCCAACCCGCAGUCCGUCCCCGGCAGACCUGGAGUCAUCACUGGAGCCGGCGCCGACGCUCCUCUGACCAGCGAUCCUCGCUUCAAGAAACGGGCGGACUACGGGAUCAUCAAGUUCGGUGCUGGUCCGGACCCUCCUCUUACGUCUGGCCCGCGCUUCAAAAACAUGGCUCUGCUGGGUGAACUGACUUUCGGCUCCGUGAAGCCGGAUGUUCUCUGA